UGCAAAAAUGUGUAACGUUUACUUCCUGUUUUGUGUCUACUUGUUCCUGUGGGCUACUGCAGCCAACAAGAGCAUCUCUCCUACAAACAAGUUAGUGACAGCGUUUUUGUGCUGUUUGUUCAUGUUAACCUGUUGAAAUGAUGAGUGUAUUGUGAGGUAGCGAUCUAAGUUAUCGCAGUUGUGUCGUUGACGUUAAUUUGUAUUUGGAAAUUAGCACGCGUUGGCUAACAUUAGCAAAAAGGCAAGCCAACUGACAUUAACGACAACACCGAAGUGGUGGCAUUUCUCUUUUUUUCUGACUUAAUAUUUGGCCACUUUUCAGCCUUACUCAUUUCCACGCUUCGUCUUGCUACAAACGUUACGGUUUUAUAAACAAAUUGUGUGUUUGGUCGUGCUUAGUCCCACUUCAGGCGACGCUAGCCAGCUUAGCUAGCUAUCUAGCUGACUGCUAACGUAAAGUAUCAACAGUCACCAAGGCAACAAUGAACAUCCUUCCAAAGAAGAGCUGGCAUGUCCGCAACAAAGACAACGUCGCUCGCGUGCGGAGGGACGAGGCCCAAGCAGCAGAGGAGGAGCGCGAGGCCAAGCGUCGCGUGGAGCGUGCCGAGCAAGAGGCUCGUACAGAGUAUCUGAGAGGGAAAGCCAGAGCUGCUCUCCCUUCAGCAGGAGAAAGGAAGCAUGAAGAUGAUGAUGACGAUGGACGGAGUGGAGGAAGUGGAGUUCUGGAGCAUCUUAAUCUUUUUCCCCUGGAGGAGUCCUCAGACAAGAAGGGGAAUGAGGAGUAUCUCAAAGACAAGAAAGAUGAAAAGGAGAAGCAGGAACGAGCCAUCGGCUUGCUGGUGUCUCUUGGACCCCAACCCGGAACUGAGGUCACUCCGUGGUACAUGAAAACUGGCAAAGAAGAAGAAGAUAAGAAAGAAAAAGAAGAGAGGAAAGAAAAAGAAAAGAGAAAGGGAAUAAGUGAAGAGGAAAAAGAGAAGAGAGAUCGCAGAUUGAAAGAUAGUUUAGACCCAUUGAAAGAUAUGAAGAAAGCACUGGCUGUAAAGGACAGAAAAUACCACAACAGCAAAAAAAAGGAAAAAAGAGACAAAGGGGAAAAGAGGGUCAGUGGAGAGAGCUCCAUAGAAAGGUUACGUGCUGAGCGCUUACAGAGGGAGGCUGAAGAAAGGAGAAGAACUAAGGCCCUGCUUGACCAGAGGAACGGCAAAGGGAAGGAGCCAGGGAAGGAGACACAUGAGAGGGAAAUCCCGUACAACAAUGCAUACUUCCCAGAGCUUGCUCGAAAGCGCCAAAGGCGGGAUCGAGACAGCUGGAGAGAUGAAAUAUUAAAAUCAUGAACUAUCUUUA